AUGGGAGUAGGACCAGUUGAUUCCUUCCUGGCUUACGCCGAUCCGGCUCUGAACACCGAGGUGUCAACCCCGCAUGGCCUCACUGCAUCUGCAAAGAUAACCAUGGGAUCAAGAAGGCGACUAUUCCAGUUGGUCGGCAAGCAGCAGCACAAUGCAGUGGAGAUAGGGUCGAGUGGCAUCCUGCCGAGCUUGACCGUCGUCAUUGUGCAACUCGAUGACAUUAUCGACUUCACCAAUGAACGGGGCAAUAUGUCGAGGGAGCUGAAGCUGAAAUUGCUUAAGCUUCGCAAUUUGGUUCUUGCUGCCAAGCAAGAACAGGAAGUUCUUGCGGCCAGGCUGGAAGGCUGUGGUAAAGCGGAGAAGAGUACACAGACUGCUCCCUUCUCCUUCCAUAGUACCACAACCAUGGCACAGGAGGCGUUAGAUUUUGCCCUCAGCGACAGAGUGGUAGAGAGGAGAACAGAUAAGCGAGCCAGGGACUCGCCUGGCAUCAAGCGCUUUAAACAGAACGCAAAAAGGCGUCGGGAGAGCGCAAAUCAGAAGAGCGGGCCCACGGAAGUUGCAAACGUGGGAGAACGGCGUAAGAAGAAAGCGAGGACGAAACGAGACAGUCGGCCACCGGAGGAGGGAAGCCAACCCGACCAAGACAACCUGCGGUCGGACGGUCCCUGGCAAACGGUAGUAAAUAAACCGAAGGUGAAAGCGGCAAUCACGCGCCCGGCGAGAGCCAGACAGAAGGGUGAAGCACUUCUCAUUAAAACAGAGAAAGAGCGCUACGCCGACGUGCUCAAGGCGAUGCGCAGCGCCGAGAAACUGGCGGACCUUGGUAAAGAGUUGCUGGAACCAAAACGAUCUGAAUUGUGCUGCUCGGGGGGCGAGAUGAUCCUUGUCUUAAGGAAGGGCUCACAGGCGAACGGUACCUCAUAUGGAGCGCUAGCCCAGGAAGUCCUAGGCGAGAGCGUAGAAGUGAGGGCUCUACACGACGAAGUGACUCUCCAAUGCAAGCAGCUGGACGAGGUCACGACAUCGGAAGAGAUCGCCUCGGCCAUCAAGGACCAAGGUGGAGUGGUGGUAGCAAAUGCGUCCAUCCGUCUGCGAAGAGGACCGCAGGGGACGCAGAUUGCCACGGUGAAGUUACCGGCCAUCGACGCUAACAAGGUGAUCAAAGAUGGUAAGCUGAAAGUUGGCUGGUCAGUAUGUCCAGUCAGCCUCUACCAACCACCGGUAGUCGACAAGUGCUUCCGCUGCCUCGAACCGGGACACAAAUCGUGGGCGUGCAAAGGGCCGGAUAGGAGUAACCUAUGUAGGCGAUGCGGCGAAGAGGGCCAUAAGGCGCACACGUGCGAGAAAGCACCAUCGUGUACGCUAUGCGCGAACAGGAAGCAGGAACAUAACCACGCAAUGGGUGGACCUCAGUUGCUGUGGCAGUCGGUAGUAGAAGCGAGAACGGACGUCGCUAUCUUGUCGGACCCGUACCGCAUCCCCGCGGAUAAUGGGAACUGGGUAGCGGAUAGAUCCAAAUCAGCGGCGAUUUGUACGACGGGAAGAUACCCGAUCCAGGAAGUGCUGAACACAAGAGCGGAGGGUACUGUUAUAGCGAAAAUAAAUGGAGUGUACUACUGCAGCUGCUACGCCCCACCAAGGUGGCCGAUAGAACAAUUCACCGAGAUGGUCGAUCGGCUAACAUCAGACCUAGUGGGUGGCAAGCCAGUAGUAAUUUCAGGAGACUUCAAUGCGUGGGCGAUAGAGUGGGGAAGUCGCUUUACUAACCGGAGAGGGCAAACGCUGCUAGAGGCUUUCGCCAAGCUGGAUGUCGUGCUGUGCAACGAAGGCUCCAAAAGUACCUUCCAGCGAAACGGAGUGGAAUCGAUAAUAGAAGUAACGUUCUGCAGUCCAAGUUAA